GCUGGCCGCUGCCGUUUCAUUCACUUUCCAAUUUCCUUUCCUCACCUCCAUAAAAAAACUCGGCCACGGUUAUUUAUCUCUUUCGCUCCGCUUUCUCAAUCACUGGGCCUGGGGGAGAUCGAGACCUAGAGCGGAGGACGGGUGGGCGGCGCUGAGGGCCUUAGGCGAAUGGCGGUAGAGGAGGCCGCGGAGAGCUGCGGCAGCCACGCCGCGGCCGCUGCGUCCGGCGGCGGCGCGGCGGAGCUCGCUACGUCCUCGUCAUCGGCCGCCGCGGCGGUGCAGGCGCGGAAGCAGCAGCAGCAGCAGCGCCAUAAGCUCGAGGUGUACACAGAGGUUCUCCGGCGCCUCCACGACGCCGGCCUGCCCGACGCGCGGGCGCCCGGGUUCGACGACGAGCUCUGGAACCACUUCAACCGCCUCCCCGCCCGAUACGCCAUGGAUGUGAACGUGGAGAGGGCGGAGGACGUGCUCACGCACAAGCGGCUUCUGGAGCAGGCCAAGGAUCCGGCUCAGCGCCCGGCUUUCGCGGUGCGGGCCGUGCAGGUAUCUCCAAUUCUUGAUGGGAAUCAGACUGAUGCUGAUUCGAAUACUGCAGGGGAGGAAGUCGCUUCAAGACUGUUGAACAGGCAGCAGAGCAUACAUCCUCCUCCUGCCUUUGGUUCUUCUACAAAUCUUGAGGCCCUUGCUCUUGAAGCUAGCAAGUCUCAUCAAGAUCACGAUAGCACCUCUGAUAAUUGUCGAUCCCUGUACAGGCCCAUGCAUGAAAUCACCUUUUCAACCAUUGACAAGCCAAAACUUCUCAGUGAGCUGACAUCUCUGCUUGGUGAGCUUGGUCUCAACAUUCAAGAAGCACAUGCAUUUUCAACAAAUGAUGGCUACUCACUUGAUGUAUUUGUUGUUGUUGGUUGGCAUGAUGAGGAAACAGAGGAUUUAGUAGAAGCAGUGCAGAAGGAAAUUGGCAGGAUUGAAGAGACACAAGCAUGGUCUUCAUCUCAUUCAUGGUCUACUCCAGUUGAAAACAUGCAGAUUGCUGAGAUUUCAGCAGCUGGCCGUGUUGAGAUACCAACAGAUGGUGCUAGUGAAUGGGAAAUUGAUGUAAAACUGCUCAAGUUUGGGAAUAAAGUAGCAUCAGGAUCAUAUGGUGAUCUUUACCGGGGUACAUAUUGCAGUCAAGAUGUUGCUAUUAAAGUGCUGAAACCUGAGAGAAUAAAUGCAGACAUGCAGCGUGAAUUUGCCCAGGAAGUAUAUAUCAUGAGGAAGGUACGUCACAAGAAUGUUGUGCAAUUUAUUGGUGCUUCCACUAAACCCCCAAAUCUAUAUAUAGUGACAGAAUUUAUGUCCGGUGGAAGUGUGUAUGAUUACCUCCAUAAACAUAAAGGUGUUUUCAAACUUCCUACUUUAGUUGGAGUUGCUAUGGAUGUGUCAAAAGGCAUGAGCUACUUACACCAGAAUAAUAUUAUUCAUCGUGAUUUGAAAACUGCGAACCUUCUGAUGGAUGAAAAUGGGACUGUUAAAGUUGCUGAUUUUGGUGUCGCACGUGUUAAAGCUCAAUCUGGAGUCAUGACUGCAGAAACUGGUACUUACCGUUGGAUGGCCCCAGAGGUCAUAGAGCAUAAACCCUAUGAUCAGAAGGCUGAUGUUUUUAGUUUUGGAAUUUUGAUGUGGGAGCUACUCACAGGGAAGAUUCCUUAUGAGUAUCUGACUCCACUACAAGCAGCUGUUGGCGUGGUGCAGAAGGGAUUACGGCCUACAAUUCCGAAACAUACUUAUGCAAUGCUUUCUGAGCUUCUUCAGAAAUGUUGGCAGCAAGACCCCGCUCAAAGACCAGACUUUUCCGAAAUAUUAGAAACUCUUCAGAGAAUAGCAGAGGAAGUCGGAGACGAGCACGAGGGGAAGCACAAGGACAGAACACUGGGUGGUUUCUUUUCAGCUCUGAGGGGGCGGAGCCAUUGAGACACGGUUGAAGACUUGAAAUGUACAUGGCCUCGGUCCAUCCUGGAAGGAUCUGAACUACAACCAGCUCCUGUUCCCCGCACAUAGCGACAGUACACAGAAAUACUGUACAGACAUGCUGCAGCCGGAGUUGACUAAGUGGCAAUUUUUUAGCGGCAGCCAUCGCUUUUCGCCUAUCUGCUUGUUACUCCUGAGUUCCAUCACAAUGAGAGGAAGCUUGGGAACUGUGCAUCAUAACCAGUCUGAUUUCUCUAACAGAGUCUAAUCUUGCUGUAGAUGAAAAUAAUAAGCCAGAUCCAGGCCGUGGCAUGAUUCUUUUAAGGUUCCAUCUUUUAGCAUAUUUUCUUCUACGUGCCGUCAUUCUUUUCUGGACAUGCUCCACCCCUCUGUUGUGGAACAACGCGGCAAGCUUGAGUUAGCUGAGCAAGGCACCUGCAUCUGCAUGGGAUCUGCUCGGAACAAAGUUGGGUUAUCUUGUGCUAAGCUUUUGUUCCCCAGUUUCCGUGACUACAAAUGAUAUCAAUUUAUUUUAAAGAAAUGGAAAAAACAUGUGUAUAGUCUGCA